UUCCUUGUGUGCUCUGCUCUCUGUCAUUCUCUCUCUCCUUCCUUUUGUACUUCGCCAUUGAAGAGAAAGAGAAAUCACUUUCAAUCUAAACUUCUUCCUUAGAUUUUUUUCUUCUAUUCUAAUUGAGGACACAACACAAACAACAACGUUACAAAGUAAGGAUUUUUUUUUUCUUCUCACUAUUACUUCCGAAAAAAAUAAAAACUUCUCCUUUCUCAUUUUUUUCAACUCCUGUUCCAUUUCACAGACUUCCCCAAAUUUGUUUUUUUUUUUUUAAAUUUCCCAUUGAGAAGAGUGAGAUUGGCGUUUCUGGAAGAUAAAGUUAAGCCCUUUUUGUUUUUUUUUUGCUGGAUUUGGGGUCACCGGUUGAGAAAGCGGAGAUCUUGAGGACUGCUUUUUUUUGGAUUUUUGUUUUGUUUUGUGGGUAUGGUUGAUGAGAGUGUAAUUUGAAUGUGCUCCAUUGCAAAGGUUUCGUUUCCACCAUGACCACCAAGCGAGCCUACAAGCUUCAGGAAUUUGUGGCACAUUCUGCUGCUGUCAAUUGUCUUAAGAUCGGAAGGAAAUCGUCUAGGGUUCUGGUUACAGGUGGGGAAGAUCACAAGGUUAAUCUCUGGGCUAUUGGUAAGCCCAAUGCCAUUCUGAGCUUGUAUGGGCACUCGAGUGGAAUUGAUUCAGUGACGUUUGAUGCUUCCGAGGGCUUAGUUGCAGCAGGAGCUGCUAGUGGUACGAUCAAACUUUGGGAUUUAGAAGAGGCAAAGAUUGUCAGGACUCUCACUGGUCAUCGGUCGAAUUGCAUCUCAGUGGAUUUUCAUCCUUUUGGCGAGUUUUUUGCGUCUGGCUCGCUAGACACAAAUCUUAAGAUAUGGGAUAUAAGAAAAAAGGGUUGCAUCCAUACUUACAAGGGUCAUACUCGAGGAGUCAAUGUACUCAGAUUCACCCCAGAUGGUCGCUGGGUUGUAUCUGGAGGAGAGGACAACAUUGUGAAGGUGUGGGAUUUAACAGCUGGGAAACUGUUGACUGAGUUUAAGAGUCACGAAGGGCAAAUUCAAAGCCUAGAUUUUCAUCCUCAUGAAUUUUUACUGGCAACAGGUUCAGCUGACAGGACUGUAAAAUUCUGGGAUCUGGAAACAUUUGAGCUGAUUGGUUCUGGUGGACCUGAGACUGCCGGGGUCCGUUGCCUUAGCUUUAAUCCAGAUGGAAAAACUGUGCUUUGUGGAUUGCAAGAAAGCCUCAAGAUUUUCUCGUGGGAGCCAAUCAGAUGUCAUGAUGGAGUAGAUGUUGGAUGGUCAAGAUUGUCAGAUAUGAAUGUUCACGAGGGAAAGCUUCUUGGUUGCUCGUACAAUCAAAGUUGUGUAGGCGUGUGGGUUGUAGAUCUCUCGCGUACUGAGCCAUGUAUGGCUGGAGACACUGCACAAUCAAAUGGUCAUCCAGAGAAAAGAUCUUGCUCAGGAAGAGAUCCAGUAAUUCUCAAUGAUAAUAACUCAAAGACUGUUCUCGGGAAGCUUUCCGUUUCCCAAAACGUAGAUCCUUUAUUGAAGGAAACAAAGUCUCUCGGAAGACUAUCUGUUUCACAGAAUUCUGAUUCUUCGACAAAAGAAACCAAGUCCAUUGGAAGAUCAUCAAUAUCCCAAAAUUCAGAUUCUUCGAUGAAGGAAUCAAAGCCUCUCGGAAGGUUGUCAGUUUCUCAAAACUCAGAUUUUUCGAAAGAGUCAAGGACGUUGUCAUCCACAGGAAGUUUACCAAGCACUCCUCAUAGGGUCAAUUCGACCAAUGUGUCAAAAGCCACUUCGGGUGUUUCAACAGCUGUCUCUAAUGCUGCAACAUCAAGGAGGAAUUUUACAAAAGCUAACCCAAAGGCGAAUCCUGUAAAUAAGGCAGCGGAUUUUGCUCCGGUGAUUGUCCCAAGAGCAGACCCUAGAAUAGAGCAGGCUACUGAAUCCAGAGCAGAACUUGACAUAAUUGCAAGAACCAUGCCUUAUUCAUUGCAGGCAGCUGAUUCUCGAAGGUCUCCUAGCAGCAGAAAUAACCCUGAUCUACCAAAUGCUUCGGUUCUUGAAAUGUCUGAGUCUCAGCUAGCUGAACCAAAUCAUAUACUAGAUGGAGGUACACUUCCUGGUGGAAAAGGUGGCAUGCGGGGUGCAACUGAGCGAAGCAUUAAUGAUUUUAGAUACAAGAGAUAUGGAAGGAGUAAUUCAAGGUCACGCAUGGGGUCACCUCCACGGAACCACGAUGAAAACUAUGACUUGGUAAGCCACAAAUCAAAUAGAGACCCAAGCCCCACUGAAAGUCAGAAAGGAGGAAGAUUCCAGUCACUCGUCAUAAACAGGGAGAGAAGGGGAACAAACUUUGAGGGUCCUGUUUCGAAUUUUUCAAGUGGAAAUGUGCCUGUUCCAAACAUCCGCCCUUCAAAUAUGUUCAAGCAAAGAGGGAACCAUAUGCCAGUUGAACAAGGGGUCGAUUCUCCUUCUGAAGAUAAUAUCGUUGAAGACAUAAUGGGGAAACACGAUCAAUUUGUCAGCUCUAUGCAGUCUCGUUUGGCUAAAUUACAGGUAGUUCGUAGAUAUUGGGAAAGGAAUGAUGUAAAAAACUCGAUAGGUUCGAUAGAGAAGAUGGCUGAUAAUGCUGUUACAGCGGAUGUACUGGGUAUAAUAACAGAGAGAAAUGAGACUUUGACGCUGGAUAAUUGUACCUCCCUUCUUCCCCUUUUAACAGCUCUUCUAGGGAGCGACAUGGAUCAGCAUUUGAGCGUUUCCCUGGAUUUGCUGCUUAAGCUGGUCAGAUUGUAUGGGUCACCAAUUUACUCAUCACUGUCAGCUCCAGCAUCUGUUGGUGUAGAUAUCGAGGCUGAACAAAGGAUCGAGCGAUACAGUCGUUGCUUUGUAGAACUAGAGAAAGUCAAAGCUUGCCUUCCCUCUCUAGCAAGAAGAGGAGGUUUGGUGGCUAAGUCUGUGCUUGAACUCAACCUAGCAUUUCAGGAAGUAUCAUCAUAAUCACUCUUGAGUCUUACAACCCUGAAAAAAAAAAAGCAAAGCAAAGCCUGUCUUCCUCGUGGAAGAACCCGCAUCAUCCCAAGUCCCAACCCUCUGCUUUUUGAUGUGGAUUUGGUUCCAAAGGGAGGAGUCUAACAAAUACUAAAAGCUGAUAUACCCUUACUAAGUAAACCAAAAGAGUUUGGAAGGCUAAAAAAUCCUCCCAAGUUAGGUGCUUCUGGUCACUAAUCUUUGUCUGCAGUGUUCUAACUUUGGUGUGUAGAGAAAGAAAAAGAGAGAGAGCGAGCCGUUUGGGCUGUGUAUUGUUCUUAUAUGUAUACUGCUUGAGUUUCUGCUCUUCGAAAAGAGACAUACAUGGGUCGGUGUUCUCUCAACACAGGAAUAUAAUUUUUAGCGGUUUCUUGGAUUUCAUGUCAGAUAUUCAA